CACGGACCUACGUUGUUAUCUGUACCAAGAGAGAGAGACUUGAGAAACAAAGCUGAAGCAACACACAAGGAGGAAGGUAGAAGACGAUAACCGCAGCAGAAAAGAAUGUCUAGCAGUUAUCAUGAUCCACGUGGUUUCUCUCCCGAGAGACUGUUGGAAGAUCUUCAAAUACAGUCUGUUGAAAACCAAAGGCUUUUCAAUGAUAAUCACAGACUAGCUGAACACAGAGUGCUUCUAGAGCGAGAAUUCGGUGCAGCUAAGGAAGAACUUCACCGAAUGAAUCUCGCUGUUUCUGAACUUCGUGCUGAAUAUGAUCUUCAGUCGAGGGAGUUCAGUGAGAGAAUGCAGGACGAUACUCGUGCUAUGGAGUCUUAUAGGGAAGAGAUUCGCCGGAUGAACCUCAUCAUUUCUGAUCUUCGUGCUGAACAAGAUCUGCAAUCGAGGGAGUUCUGUGAGAAAAGGGAGGAGGAUGCUCGUGCUAUGGAGUCUUAUAAAGAAGACGCUGUACAGUUGCGUGGUGAAGUUCAGAAACUAAAUGAUAUAAAACGUGAACUUAGUGAAGAUGUUGAGAUACUUAGGAAAGAUUUGGUGAAAUUGCAAUCGGAUAACAAGCAGAUUCCAGGUUUGAGAGCUGAGCUACUAGACCUGCGGAAAGAGCUUAUGCACGCUAGAGGUGCUAUUGACUAUGAGAAGAAGGAAAAGUUUGAGCUUUUGGAGCAGCGGCAGGCUAUGGAAAAUAACAUGGUUUCUAUGGCGCGUGAUGUUGAAAAGCUACGAGCAGAACUUGCUGCUGUUGAUAGUAGGCCGUGGGGCUAUGGUGGAUCAUAUGGGAUGAAUUUCAACAAUGUGGAUGGCAGUUUCCGUGGUUCUUAUGGAGAGCAAAAUGGUUUUCUGCAAUACAUAAACGUUGUUUACAUAACUCUCUCUCUCUCUCCAACCAAUCUGAGAGACGCAUCUCGAGUACAUCUCACACGUCAAGCACCGCAUCAAAUCAGGUCUCGCCACGCGCCGCCCAUGGAAAACGAUGUUCGAUACCGAGUCCAUGACUCUCCCCCACGGUUUCUUCGACGCGAUCUCGAGAAUCAAGACGAAUCUCGUCUACUUCAGAGCCAAUUACGUCAUCGCCGUCCUCGUCAUCCUCUUCCUAAGCCUUCUCUACCACCCGACCUCCCUCCUCGUCUUGGCAAUCCUGGUCGUCUUCUGGAUCUUCCUCUAUUUCCUCCGCGACGAGCCUCUCGUUGUCUUCGGUCACCAGGUGGACGAUCGGACGGUCAUGAUCUGUUUAUCGGUUUUGACUAUUGGUAUGCUUUUGUUCACGCACGCGACGGGGAAUAUUCUCGGAUCGCUGUUGACUGCUGUUGUGUUGGUUCUGAUCCACGCGGCGAUUAG